AUGACGAAGGAAGAUUAUGAUCAGAUCGAUCCAGAGGAGAUGGAGCUGAUAGACAUAAAAUGGUGCAUGGCUAGCGGUAUGAGGAGAGCACAAAGGUUUAUGGAAAUCACCGGAAGAUCAUGUUUGGGAACUGCUGAUACAAAACUAGGAUUCGAUAAAUCGAAAAAAGCAAUCUAUCAUCGCAACAGCGGGUUGUCAAAUAUGAAUCAAAAGCAAAUCGGUGAAGGUUCAUCAAAAGAAAAGUCGAGGGCUCUAGUAGUUAUUCAAGACUAUGAGGGUUAUGACUGGAGCAAGAGAGAUAAUGCUAGUUUUGAAAUCAGAAAGUUGUAUGCUCCUUUUAAGGAAGCACAAAAGGCAAAAAGAUGGGAUGCUGAGCGAGAAUGUUAUUUCGAUCCACAAGGUAAUCCAGUGGUUGAUCCUAAGAAGGUGGAUUUCGAUGCAGUGGCAGACAUAUUUCCAGAUCGUGACACGUUUCAUACGAGGAGAUUACCUGAGAAAGAUUAUGAAGCCAAUCUGUUUAAACAUUUAAAAGAAGUUUUUGAGACAAGUUUACCAAAGGUGGUGGAGUUGAGAAAGAAGAAAGAAGAAGAGAUUGAGAAGCUGGUUGAAGAGGUGAAGAAAACAGCAGGGGAUGCUGAUGAGAACGAACAAAAGAAUGAUGAGGAUCAGAAGUUGAAAACAGAAGAAUCAAAAGUGCCAGAUGAAACUGAGGUAAAAAUUCUAACUGAAUCUUCUGAAUUAUUAAACAAUGAUCAAAAUGUUGAUAAAAUUGAAUAUAAGUGCAGGAAUUGUAUAGAAAUGUGCAAAGCCUGUACUGAGAAAGACGAAAAGAUAAAAACAAAAGAUAUUGAAUUAAAUAAAAUUGAAACUGUUUUUAAAACAAAGUGCAAAGAAAUGCUUGAAAGUGAAGAAGUUUUGAAACGAAAGAUUGAAAAGCUGACACUAAAAUGUCAAGAUUUUGAAAAAGAAAAUGAGAUUUUAAAACAAAAGUGUUCGGCAGAAUGUAAUGAUUGUGUUCAAAAAGAUAAUAAUUUUCAAGAUUUACAAAAGGAAUACGAUAAAAUGAAAUGGUCAAGUCAUAGAGUACAAGAAGCUUAUGAUACUUUGAAGAAACAAGUCAAAUGUAUGGGUGAAAUAUUGUCUGAAAACUUAACAACAACAAAACUUUAUGAGAAAAAGUUUAAAGAAAAGCAACAGGAGUUAAACAAAUGUAUUGAUGAAGUUGCUAAACUCAAACAAGUUUUGGUUGAAAAAAAAAGAUUGUUACAAAACUUCAAAGUUAUCAUAGUUCUUCGUACAUUGUCGAACGGGAAAAGUUCGGAAGCAGAGAAAGAACUUCAAUUUAGACGACCGUCUAAUGAAGAGUUCUAUGCUCAGAAAAAGCAACAACAACAGGGUAAAGAUGUUUCGAGAAAAACUUGUUUUAAAUGUGAUCAAACUGGACAUCUUGCACACAAGUGUCCAAACUCAAAGCCUAUUGAUGUUGAGAAACAGAAAUCUGAGGAUGUGCUCCCGAAGAAAACUGAAUGUCAACUAAAGGAGUAUCGGAGCAGCCUGGCACUAGAGGAGAAGGUUGUUGGUCUCUGCCACUGA